AGAGGGAGCCCCCUCUCUGCUCCGUCCUCUAACGUUUCCAGACCAGCAGAGACAGUCGCGGAGGAGCAGGACCUGGAGGAUCCACCGGUGUGGAGCUGCGGGACUAAUCCACUGUUACCGUAUCUGUAUAACAAGUGACUCACUGUAGCCACCGGGUCCCGUGGAGCCAGCUCACUGAGAGCAGGAUCUCCCGCUGCACACCUUUAAGUGGCAGCGUUGAUAUCCGGUAUCAAGGCUUUCUUCCAGAGGGAUGUCCCGGUACCGAGGCGGCAUGAAGGGGACAUUCUGAACUUGGAAUAGUCGAGACCAGAUCUCCCUUUAACACUGUCAUCUGCGGUUUGGUGUGUGUAUUAAGAGUGUGUGUUAGUGUGAAGUUUGGGUGUUUGGGAUCUAUUGACUCAUGAUCUCAUCAUUUAGUUUCCUUGUGUAUAACAGCAGUUGUCAGGCUGUUUGUAUGGAACAUGACUGCUCACUGGGUCUGUGUUUGUCAGUGUGAAGAGUUGAUAUCCUGUUCAUGUGCUGUUCCUUUUAUUCAGUUCAGUAGCUGCAGCUCCUCUGCAGCCUGUCUGUGCUCAGUGUGUGUAUCAGUGUGGGUUAUUCACAGUGCUGCUAUGCAGACUGACUGGAGCCACGCUCAGACAGCUCCACUGUAACCCUGACUCUGCUCACACAGAGAGAAACCUUCACAGCUGAGGGAAAGCUCGAUCCAGUGGGACGACUUGUGCAGGAACAGCAGAUGUUACACAGCUUUGUGUAUUACUGUGGAUUAUUCAGGAUGCUGCUAUGCAGACAGAGCGGAGCCACAGAAAACCUGCUGCUGAAGUUAAAGUAACACACGGCUGUGCAGCUUCUGUCAGAGCAGUUGAACAGCUUGUGUUACACAGUUGGCAGCUGAAGCUCUGGCAGGAAGGCAGGAGUCUUACUGAACAACAUUCACUCUGCUUCAGUGUGUGCACAUUAUAAAUAAGUGGACGGUUUGACUGGGACAAGAAGUUUCCAAGUUUUCUUGUAAUGUGUCCUGCAGGUGAAGCUGCAGACAGAGGACACUCUGACACUGACUGUGAGUGAAACUCUUUGUUAGCUUUCAGUUGAUUCUGGUCGUUCAGUCUCACUUUGAAAUUAGAAUUGUUGAAGUUUAUUUCACUUUCACUUGUUGGCUAAACUCAUUGUUGGAAAAUGAAGAAUCCUCAUCCACUGAGUGACACAUGGAACAGAUCCAUGAACAAAGACCCAGUCCUGGUCUCUGUGCCGGGCACUAACAAGAAGUUCAAGAGGAAGUCCAGAGAACCUAAAAGACUCUUCAGUGGAGUGGAGCCCGAGAGGAUAAAAACCUACCCGGCGGACAUGUCGGACGUGGACUCAGUGGAUGACACCCAGAUGGAGGCGUGUGAUGUCGGCAGGUUGGCUCCACUGCAGAGACAGUUGAUGAUGUCACAAGAGGGGACAGCUAGAACCAUGGGGACCCUGUCAGGACUACCAGAGGCCAACAUGGCUCCAGCUCAGAGUGGUGCCAUUGACAUGAGGAUUGGUAUUAACGUGCCAGCCAUCACUUCCAAAUUGUCCCAGUUCCCGGAGAUCUCCCACUGGCCCACGGCCAUCUCCCAGCCUCUGUCCAACAGACUCAAACUGGGCAUUCGCUCCACAUUCCCCCUGUCAACCUCCACCAGCAGCAGCAGCCACAGCCACUCACCCAGCCACCAGGCCUUCUCCUUAGAGCCACCUCUGUCAGACCAAGCUGCAGCUCUGCCACUCCCCAGAACCUCCCAGACCUCUCAGUGUCACGAACACGUGGAGCCACAGGUCCAGUCUCCAAAGGACUCUCCCAGGAAGCGGGUUGGGGUGAGUUCGGAUGGACCCGGGCGUCUUCCGGAGGUCAAAGCCAUCCAGCAAACCAGGAGGCUUCUCGCCAACGCCAGGGAGAGGACCCGCGUCCACACCAUCAGUGCUGCGUUCGAGGCCCUGAGGAAGCAGGUGCCAUGUUACUCAUACGGGCAGAAGCUGUCCAAGCUGGCUAUAUUACGCAUCGCCUGCAACUACAUCCUGUCUCUGGCUCAGUUGGCUGAGCUGGACUACAGCUCAGACCAUAGCAGUCUGAGCUUCUCUCAGUGUGUGGAGCAGUGCACCAGGACCCUGCAGGCCGAGGGCAGGAGCAAGAAGAGGAAGGAGUGAUGCUGACAGCAGUGGACAAACCCAACACUUGGAGCUCUUGACAAAACUAUGAGGAUUCAAGACACUGGAAGGACAAGUGAUAUGAGGAUCAUAGCCAAGACAAAGACGUGGAUAAACAGAAGAGAGAACAGGAGGAACUGCCCUCCCACAUAUUAGCAGAUGAAAUAACAUCAGUAGCUUACUUCUCUGAGAUGUGUCAGGACCCAUGAACAACUGACAAAAAGACAGAGAUGACUGACUUCAGGAUAAAAUUAUUUCCCACUGUUGUUUUGUCAAUACCAUAUUGAAGUAUGUACAGUAUUUCCUGGCAGCAGUCAUUCAAACUGCAAAGUCAUCUUCAGAACAAACAUCACUUGAGGACAAAACAUUCAGGACAGAUAGUCACUGCAGCUCAAGACUCGUUCAUUCAGCAGUUUUUUAAUAUUACAUGUUUGUUUUAUGGUUUAUAUUUCAAAAUAUUAUGUUUGUGUGGACAAUGUAAAAAAUGACAAUAAUACUCUGAUACAAGGCAUGGGCAUGGAUAGACCUUAAAUGUGCUGCGGUUGUUUCAGAACCGAGGACAGCACUGUUUAGUGCUCUGCUAAUGCUACGUUCCUAUGUGGGUGGUCUGAUUAAUACUUUUUUUAAUUACUUUUUUGAAACCAUAGCCUUAUAGUGGGGUAAUUACUUUUGACACCACUGUAUGUUGUUGUGAUCGAGUUUUUCUGAGACUGUUGCAGGGUUAAAUAUCAAUGAAUUUAAUUUUAAGAAAAAAAAAUGCCACUUUGCAAUUUAGCUAAAAAUUUAACUUCAAGCUAAAAAUCCAUGCUUAUGGUGUGUUCCAGUUUAUGAGGCUCUAUAUCAUGAAUCCAUCCAUUAGCUCCCACUAGCACUAGCCCAGUCAAUGUUCUGUUAACUCUGUCAGCUCCAUCAUUAGCUUUGUUGUUAGCUCAAUUAUCAUCUCCCCCAGCUCAGUUAACACUGUCACUGUCACUACAUACAGCAGUAUCUGUGAGGCUGGCAUCAGUCUCUCAAUCAGCCUUUGUCUAAACACUUUCCUCCUCUUCGUUUGGUGCUGGUGCAUGGUUAAUGUUACUGUAGUUAACAUUAACACUGACACUGGGAAUGUUAACAUUAUUUUGAAUAAACUGGUAAUCUUAAAAUAUUUUGUCACACCAGCCUCAAGGUUUUUUUUCUCUGACAUCUUAUGUUCCAUGUUUUCUUUUUUUGGGGGGGGAGCUUUACCUAUUUCUAUUGUGUCUUUGAUUUGUUAUCUUAGCCUUGUUGUGUCUUCAUUUGAUAAUUUCCCUCCCAAUCUCUGACUGCUGGCAUUUGCCAGGUCUACCCACACAAAGUAUAAAUAUACUGCUCAUUUGACCUUUAGGAAUUUGACACUAUUCAGCAACUAGGUCUGGUGUAUCUAUGCUAGAACUAUUUAGCAGCUUGAAAUGUGCUAACUAGCUAUCGUUAGCACUGACAACAUUUGCUAGUAAUAUAGGAACCAGUGGAAUAUGGUCGAAUUGUCGUGUCCCAUCCCCUGAACUUAACAGUCCUAUCACACCCCAGCAGUUUUAAUGUUGUCUUAUUGUUGUCUCCUUAGCUAACUUAGUUAGUUAGUAAGCUAGCUAGCUAACGUUAGCUCUCUCUCUCUCUCUCUCUGUCUUAUUAAAGAAGAUAAAUGUAAAUUAAUUGAGUGAAUUUAAAGUGCUUAUUCAUAGAAAAAUGAAAUAAA